AGUUGAGUCGAACCACUCAGUUGGCCGUGGAGAGCGGCUGCAGUUGGUGCGUUCGUUUGGUGCAGCAGCACAGCAGCGAGUGUCAGCGGCCGGUGCCCACGCGCACCCCUGUCCAACCUAGCAGCCACCCCCGCAACAACCGCCAUGGCUAAAUUCGCUCUUUUCGCCGCCCUCAUCUUCGCUACUGCCGGAUUCUCGGCGGAGGCGCAGAGAAGAAGAGUCGCCGGCGGGCCCAACGGCUCCUCCGAGUUCGACUGUCCCGACGAGUUCGGCUACUACCCUCACCCCACCGACUGCACCCAGUACUAUGUCUGCGUCUUCGGCGGCGCCCUUCUCGAGUCUUGCACCGGAGGACUCAUGUACAGCCACGAGCUGCAGACGUGCGACUGGCCGCGUAAUGUAGGUUGCGGCGAGAGCGCGGCGCCGGCGGCGCCGUCGCAGGGCGUCAGCACAGUGCGCGUGACUGACGCACGCACCAGUGGCACCUGGCGCAGCCUUUCGACGCCCUCCACCGCACCCACCAGACCCGUCCAACAAAUCCAGUACGAAGACAUCGCCGCCGAGGAGGAAUUGGUGGACCGCCAGCAGCGCGUCAACAGAGGCCAGCCCAACACGGUCGGCCAAGUGGCCAGGGACAGGGACGGACUUCGCCUCAGCGUCACCAACGCUAUUCCCCUGAGCAACAGUGGUCGCAGCGUCGGCGACAAGAACAACGCUUAUGUCUCGCAGCAGCAGUUCACCAGUUUGCUGGAGGCAGACUUUGAGUCGGACAAUGCACUGACCACUCGGACUGAAGGUAAGACUAACUCAACCAGUAGGCUGCUGGCGUUCCGGCGCCGACGACGACGACGCAAACGCUCCACAAGACGCCGAUUCGCUCGCUCUCCUCAGAGCCAAAGCGGCGGCGGUUUUCCCUCCUCCUCCUCCUCGGUCGCGUGGCCCCGGCAGCAACAACAACCCUUCCGCAACCUAGACGACUUCUUCUCCUAUUCUAACACUUUUCUCCAAAAUCCCGCCGCCACCUCGUUGACGCGCAACCUUCCCCCACACCAGCAGCACCAACAACCGACGACGGCGAGCUUCCGGCCAAGCCCAACUCCCUUCCCCACCACCUCUUCCCGUGCGCAGCCCACCGUCGACAUCGAGACCUUCCUGGCCAACUUCCGCGCCCAGAAGGCCAUUGAGGCGGCCAGGGCCAAUAACAACAACAACCUGCAGUUCAGGACUCAGGUGCAGGACUUCUUUGACCUGCCCAGCAUCAAACCAGCUCCUCUGCCUAACACCCCUGCCGCCUACGACCCCUAUUUCAAGCCAUCGAGACCGACGCCCGCCCCAUCCAGGCCGACGACACACGCCGUCUUUGAGUACGAGGAAGACGUGACACCACCCCCGAGAAGGCCCGCACAGCAGCAGCAGCCCCAGUACGAACAGGAGGUCGUCUACGAAACCAUCAGGCCCUCAACUGUUGCCACCAAGCCUACCAAGCUCGGGGACUUUGAGUUCGAGCAGGACAGCGUCUUCCCCCCUCGCCGACAACAACCCGUCGUCCAGCUCCCUCUGAACCCCAAUUCAUUUACGCCUGCCACCAGGCCAACAUCUUCGCCGGUACUGCGCCAGCAACAACCUUCAAAGCCGCCUCCAACCACUCCCAAGACUUCAUUCUUUGACGAAUUCCUCAGGUCAACCCUGAAGUCCACCGAGAAGCCUUCGUACGUUGACAAGAACGUGUCCCUGAAGCCAGGAAGGCCUUUUGAAGCCAUCGAUUAUAUAACUCGCGGGCCAUCAACCACCGAGACAACGCCCCGUUUUGUCGACGCCAACAGGCAAAGUCGGCUGCCCAUCGAGCAGUACUUCACCCCUACUACCACCACCCAAAGGCCCAGCACCAAAAAGUUCAAAGCCAGCACGCGGUUGUUGCCCUCCGUCGAAGACCUUCCUGAAGAGGUGGACGAAUUCCUGCGUCCCCACCUGAACCGAAUCACUGGCGGUGCCUCCCCUACCACACCUCGUCCCUUCCGCCUGUCCACCGUGACUAAUCGCAGACCGCAAAGUCCCGCUGUCAAUGAGGAAGUGGUGCUCAUAACCCCUCCGCCUACUAAAGCGCGCCCUCGCCCAACCACUAGCACCACUUCCACUACAACCACAACUACCACCACUACUACUACUACCACAACCACUACCCCGAGGCCACGCACCUCCCGCCCCACUCGUCCUGUUACCCCAACCCCUGCACAGACUAGCAGACGGCCGCAAAAGCCGGCUGACUUCUCGGCGGGUGAGGACGAUUCCCGACAGAGUUCUAAGCGCCGGCCGGCCAGUUCUAGAGUUAGAGGAUCUAAUGUAAUCGCCAAAAGAAGGCCCGACCCUCCUGCGUCCACCGUGCAGGCCUACGUGCCCACCAGCCCUACCCCAAGAACUGUUAUUCCCGUCACCAAUUACACCUAUGACUAUGAAGACUACUAUGAAGAAUAUCCCCAGUAUCAGACAACCAGCGGUCAGCAGCAACAGCAGCAACCCCUUUACAGAGGUCAGAGUCCGUACAAGGUGCAGCCAACAGCACCGACCGCGGCGCCAGUUGCCCAGCAGGAGUACCGCCCUGCCCCUCCGAGUUACGCACCCGUUGAGUCGGCACCUGCCCAGCCUCAAUAUCCUGUUGACACUUACGACUAUGACACCUACCAGAACAACGACGAGGUGGCCUACGAGCCGCAACCAAGCCCUCAGCCACAGCCACCCACUAGGCAGUCCAACAGAGUCGCUUCCUCGCAGAAGCCCCCCAAAGAGACUUUAACAACAUCAACAAGUACAACAACCACGUCCACAACAACAGUCAGACCCACCGUCGCCCCUGAGCAGCCCUCCAGGAGCGGGAAACAGCGCGCACUGGUCAGGCAGCAGGGCAGGGCCAGCAACCGUGGCGCCACCAAAGCCCGUAUUUCCGAGUACGAGGCCAUCGACGCCGGUGACGAGGACCUCCCCUCCGGAGGCUACGACUCGGAUAACCGAGUUUCUGAAAGCCCCCUCCCCUCCAGGGCUAGGCCGACGAUUGCAACCGUUGCGUCCACAGGCAAUGCCCAAAGGAGCAACACUGCUUCGACGAGCAGUAGAGGUCGCGGAAGUGUCAAGGCUGGAAGCGCAAGGCCGACUUUGAAGCCCUCCAAAACGAUCGUGGCCAAUGCCGCCGAGUACAUCGACAUCUACCGCUUCCCUCCCUCCAGGCCCGAACCAAUCUACCCAACUCCGCGCGUGGACCAGACUGCGGCCAAGUGCCGCAAGGACGUUUGCCAAUUGCCCGACUGUUACUGCGGAGGCAAGGAAGUGCCCGCUGGAUUCGCGCCUGAGCAGAUCCCCCAGAUUGUGCUGCUGACCUUCGACGACUCGGUCAAUGACCUCAACAAGGGUCUCUACCAGUCGCUGUUCGAGCGCGGCCGCGUCAACCCCAACGGCUGCCCCAUCUCGGCCACCUUCUAUGUCUCGCACGAAUGGACCGACUACGGCCAAGUUCAGAACCUUUACGCCGACGGUCACGAAAUGGCAUCUCACUCUGUCUCACAUAGCUUCGGUGAGCAGUUCUCGCAGAAAAAGUGGACUAGGGAAAUCGCGGGACAACGUGAAAUCCUGUCUGCCUACGGAGGCGUCAAGCUCGAGGACAUCAGAGGCAUGCGCGCCCCCUUCCUUGCAAUCGGCGGCAACAAAAUGUUCAAAAUGCUGUACGACGCCAACUUCACCUAUGACUCGUCGAUGCCCGUCUAUGAAAACCGCCCGCCCAGCUUCCCCUACACUUUGGACUACAAGAUCUUCCACGACUGCAUGAUUCCCCCUUGCCCCACCAAGUCAUACCCUGGUGUUUGGGAAGUGCCCAUGGUGAUGUGGCAGGACCUGAACGGCGGACGCUGCUCCAUGGGCGACGCCUGUAGCAACCCUCCCACCGCCGAUGGCGUCUACAAAAUGCUCAUCAAGAACUUUGAGAGACAUUACACCACCAACAGGGCUCCUUUCGGUCUUUACUACCACGCGGCGUGGUUCACCCAGCCGCACCACAAGGAGGGCUUUGAGGCCUUCCUUGACACGAUCGUGGCCAUGGACGACGUCUGGUUGACCACCAAUUGGCAGGCCCUGCAGUGGAUGCGCGACCCCCAACCCCUCAGCAGUGUCAAGAACUUUGCCCCCUUCGGCUGCAAUUACCAGUCGCGACCGAAGCGGUGCAACAACCCGAAGGUAUGCAACCUGUGGCACAAGAGUGGCGUGCGGUACAUGCGCACCUGCCAGCCGUGUCCCGACAUCUACCCGUGGACUGGCAAGACCGGAGUGAGAAACAGCAGAGUGGACAAUAACGAAAUCGAAGAAUAGAAAAAUCGAGCCAAUUCGAAUGAGUGCCACAAGAGGACUGAUUUUACAAUUUUUUUCUAGUACUUUUUUUUAUACGCGAGUGAAUUUUUUAUUCAAAAGAUAGAUGAAUUUUAGCUAAACUUUAAUACUCAGCUCCACUCUCUAUUUCUAUUAACUUUGUAAUGAAAGCGCUUUUGUACCUCUGAUUUGCCAUUAAUUGUGAGCGCGAGAUGCAAUUAAUUGACCAGCUCUGUUAUCUUGCCCGAGAGCAGGAGUGCAGACAAAAGAUCUUGUGGGGCGAUGCUGGUCGAUUUGUCCGAUUCGACGGAGGCGAAUUUCGCGAUUCGCCCUGCAGGGCAUCGCCCCACAAGAUGGAGAGAAUGUGACAGUCGUCCAAUUGUGCUUGGGGAAUAUGAUAUUUUUGUGUCUGAUUCGUGGUCCUUCCAUUAUUUAUUGCAGACUUGCGAUUUGGAAUUCGAAAGAAUGUACUAUUUAAAUAAAAACGACGAAGAGUAUUUUACGAAA